UUGAAGUUUAUAAAUUUGCCUAUAUUUGAUUAUUAAAGGUUAUCAUGGACCACCAGACAACUAAUUCAAUUAAGAAGAAAGAGAGUAGUGCCAAUAAGAACUCUCCUAGCAAUAUUUUUAGAGAGUCAGAACUUUGCAAGAUCUCUGAUAAAAGAGCUUCACAACCAGUUAGAAGUAACAUGCCUCACCAAGAUGAGUUACCUAUAUUAAACCUUAAAGAGACAAUGAUGGAUCAGACAGAUGAGUCUAAUGAUUUUUUAAAUAAAGACGUAUCUCUUUCAAAAUUUAACUAUACUGAUGCUGAUAUCUGCAGAAUGCUCAAGUUCAAUAGCAAGCGUAUCGAUAAAAAGCAUUUAGAGCAUAAAUAAAAAUCUAUUAGAGAACUUGUUCAAAAUUAAUUACAACUCAACCUUAAGCGCGAGUACAGAUGAAGAAGAUACAACUCCAAUGCUGUCAACUAAAGGAAGAAUGAGCCCAUAUGGAAGUCCCUGAAGAGCAAAUACAAUUAUCAAAGAGGCUAAGAACUCUCUAAAGAAGAGGAAUAAAUCUUAUAAUAGCAUCUCUUUCAGUGACAAGAAGGGAUAUAAAUAUCCUUCUCUAGAAGACUAUUCCACUAUUGUACCCAAAUACGACCGAUCUCCAGCCAAGAAGAACUCUGGUUACUAUAAAGAGGAUGAAUAUGGCACGGAUUUUAGAAGUAUGAAGUCGGUCAAAUAUGAUCCUAGAGAAGAUCGGACUAUCAAUAUUCGAAAGAAGCUCUCUAGGAAGAAGUUUGUAUUGAAAGAAAUUAUUAAAAACAAGCCUGCCAAAAAGACCAACAAGAAUGAGACUAUGCGCAAGAAUUACAAGCAAAUGUUAAAUACUGCUGACCCAACUGAGAUAUUUGAAAAGAUCAGGCUAAGAAAGAAGGAGCAAAGAUAUUUAGAGGCAAUGAAUAAUGGAAUUUUCGGAAGGUUCUCAAACAGGAAUAUACAGAAUCAGGUGAGAUCUCAACCAGAAGAAAAUUCUCAUGAUAGUUUUGGGGGUCCUUCUCACUCCUUCACCAUAGCAAAUAGAUAGGUAUAAAUAUUACCCUUGG